AAAAACGGUCAGCCAAAAUAAUGGAUUUUUGGCCCACGUUUCUAUUUCUUUGAUUCCCAUUUGCUUUGCGACGCCAUCAAUUUUAGCACAAAAAUUCAACAAUGUCGAAUGAUCCCGGACGACUGACGCAAUCAGACUUUCGCAAGCUUUUGCAGACUCCAGGCGGACCUUCUUCUGGUGCGACAGGCGAUGAGGAGCGCGCCGGACGCAGGCGGGCAGGUGUGCUUGGCGGGCGCAAGCAGCUGCACAAGGCCGCAAAACUAACAGCAGAGGCACCAGCGGCCGUGCAACCGACGUCGGCGCCGACCAGAAAGCGCGAACAUCGUCCGAACAAAACUGAUGACAACGGUCCGACAAACAUGUACCGCGACAGAGCAGCCGAGCGCCGGCAGGGCACAGGCGAUGUAGAAGAAGAUUUGGUGCUCGGUGCCGGUGUGGAGGCCUACGAGAGAAGCAAGUUUCUGGGCGGCGAUACCGAGCACACGCAUCUAGUCAAGGGCCUUGAUUUUCUGCUGCUGGACCGCGUGCGUGCUCAGGGGCCGGCGUCGGCUCAGCUUGACAGCGAGUUGGAACGACUCUUGGAGCAGAAUGAAAACCAGCAGGAGCAGAAGCAUGACGGUAAAAUGGAAGCGGCGGCGACUUAUGGUUUGGGCGCUAUGACGGCGCUGGGCGAGGGAGUGCUCGGCGUUGUCCAGCGAAUGAGUGAGCGGCAGGCUAAUGGGCUGGGACUGGUGAAAGCAAACGAGGUGUUUUUGCCUGGGCGAAUGUACUUUGAGUUUGAUCUGGGAAGCAGCACGACUACAACGCGCAUUCGCAGCCAAGAGGAGGUUGCACGAAUCGCAGGCAGCAGCGGUUCCGUGGCGACGGCGGCGAUUCAGGAGGGCGACCGCGUAGUAUUGGCCAAGGUCAUUUCGGCGAUUGCUGCCUCGCGCCAGCGCAGGCGCGAUGCUCGGGAACAUCAGCAGGAACUGUUGCAAGAAGAGUUUGAGAACCCAAGUCCAGCACCCGAACCAUCUGUGGCUGCUGGGGAAAACCCGAGCAUGGCGGAGGAUAACAGCGAUGACGACAUUUUUGCCGAGGCGGGCGUUGACUAUCAAGUGACCAUCGGUGAUAUUAGCCAUUGUGUGGCAGGUCCAGCGCCAGACAAUGAUGACGAUGAUGAUGGAUACGCUGUGACAGCACCAUACCCAGAGUCUGACAGCGAAUUUGGAGUGACAGCACCGUACCCAGAGUAUGACAGCGAAUUUGGCGUUACUGCGCCGUACCCGGGGUUCAUAGAUGACGAUAUGGCAGUAGCAGCGCCGUAUCCAGACUCGGCAGACAGUGGAGACAAAGAGGAAGGUGUCAAUGCACCGUACCCGAAGCCCCCAAGCAACAGCCGGCCGAGCAAGCGGCCACGCACAGGGCUUUCUGCAGAGACUGACAGCGAUGGCGAAGCCGACAUGCGUCUGUUCUCCGAGGCUCGGCUGCGCUUCAAAGAAGAAACUAGUGACAUGCUGCAGCACAACGCGCCCAGUGCUUCUUCCUCUUCUAAGCGCCCAACAAAGGCUUCUUCAACGGGUGUGUCUAACAGCGAGUGGCAGAAGACGCGCAAAAUUAUGAAGCAAAAAUACGGCAUUGACAUUACCGCGGACAAAAAUUCCCCUGAGUAAGGGGAGGCGAAACAUUAAUGGCGACUUUGCUAAUAUUUGCACGCUUUGGCCUCAAAAUUAUUCUAAUUCUCGGACACUUAUUUCUCACUCGUUACUAAUUGGCCGCCUUGCCAACCAUUGAUUGCGGCUGAGUUUAAGUCAACGCAAUAAA